AUGAACAUACCUAUUAGACCCAUCGUCUCCCUACGUGGUACUCCUACAUACUGUUUGGCAAAAUGGAAGUUUGCUCGUCUUCAUUUCCUGGAAGAAGGAUCGCCAACAACAGUGGCCUCUGCUAAUCAGUUCCUUGAACGUUUAAAACAUCUUAAACUAGAGCCAGAUGAAUCCAUGGUAUCGUUUGAUGUCGUUUCACUCUUUACCUCCAUUCCACAACAACUAGCGAUUGCCGUUGUGAGACAACUCCUGGCCGAUCGCUACAACGAGAGGGACAAUCCCCUGAAGACUGAACAUCUCGUGGAGCUCUUACGCUAUGGCCUAAUAACAUAUUUCACCUUUGGUGGACAAGUCUAUGAACAAAUCAAAGGCACCCCUAUGAACUCCCUCAUAUCAGGGCUGAUUGCUGAAGUGGUUCUUCAGCGGAUAUAACACUUGGUGUUCACCAAGUAUCAACCAAAGUUCUGGGCCUGGGAGGUAAAGACCUACUGCCAUUGCAGGCCACAUCGAUGUGUAUUUACUCAUUCACUUGCUCCUGUGUAGCGGGAUACGUUGGCCGUACGACGAGGCGCCUUGAAAAGAGAGUACGUGAACACAUGCCGACCUGGCUAGGCAGCGGUGAAAAGAAAUCGAUCGCGAGUUCUAUUCUCGCACAUCUUGUCGAUACGAAUCACCGAGACAAUGGCAAGGAAGGCUUUCAGGUUGUCUACCGGACACCAGCAAUCUUCUCCAGAGGCCUAUGUCAACGGGCGCUAGCUAAAGCCGCGUCGAUGGCUCUACAGCCAGCGAACCCAGUGCUAUGCUUUCAGAAGAUUCUGACACAGGCGUUCUGCCUUCCGUGGCCAACGCCGACCACAACGUCGCCCCAACUUCCUGAUGCAGUGGUGUGUGCACAACGUACAUGAAGUACAAACAUUACUCACAGCCUAUGUCCCCCCUUCUCCCUCGCUCCUUUAACCCAAUGAACACGACACGCCGACCACGCCAUAGCACGCCUCGUUAUGCGAGUGGCGUGAGAACGAUGGGUGUUAAUAGUCCCUGAAUCACUUAUAAGCCCUGUAAGUUCGCAUAAUUUAAACUUCUUUGUAACCGCUUUGGCCUACUGAAGAGUUACCGAAAACACGUGUUUGCCAAACUGACUUUUUGAUUGUAACAUGGGAAUAUUCGCUGAACUUAUACGAAAUUAGUUGGGUAAGUAUAUCACCAUGCGAACCCCUGACCCCGCCCAUUCAGCCCUCGUAACAUAUCGAGUGAGUUAUCAUGGCAAUUUUUGUUAAAUGUACAAAGUAAAAUAGUGCUGUACAUAGUCUUCGUGCAUUCUUUGGGUAGCAGCUUUGACUGAUUUGUAAAGGAACGCUGUUGAUGAUCACGCCAAAUGACUGUUUUUCCUUCUAGUAAAAAUCUCCCCAUUAUGCCAUGUUUUCUUAUAUCCCUCUGCCGCAUUUUUGAAAAGCCAUUUGUCUUAUCAGGGUGUUACUGUGUAAACGUUUGAGUACGCAUGUUUUUUUCCCGUUUCUAGCGGUGUCACCAUGACACCAAAAUAACCACUUCCAUCAACUUCCCCGUCGAGUUGGAUAUUACACCAUUUGUGGCUCAGUUUUCGAACUCCAAGUCGUCCUGGCAAGACCGGUAAGUUUGCCAAAAGCCUUCUUUUUUCUCGAAGAACACUUCCGACUGUUGAGGUCACAGUCAGCUACUUCUGGGGCAAUUAGAAGGGCAAGAAAGACUAGCAUGGGCUUUUAUGGCCUCCUAAAAGUCGUCAGUCAGCCAUACAGGCCCAAAGUGUGAUCACCCUGGAUUCAUCGUUGAUCGGCGUUUUCAAGUCCAUCGCUCCACUAUUGAAACACGGAGAGGUUACCGUGUUUGCUGCGACCGGAACAUUCCAUACCUUAGUAUGGACCUUCACCGAUCGCGUUAGGGGACAUACUCGUUCACUCUCGUCAAAACGCUCUACCAGAACGUCUCUCAAAACCUACGAUAGGCGAUGUAUCUCAUUACGCACCAGUCGAAAGAAUUUUGAUAUUGGUUAUUAAGAGAAAUACGCUUUACCGUGAAAAUAUUAUACAACUGUUUCCGGAAGAAUGACUCGAUUUUGACCAUGCUAUAAAUUUGCAAGUGGCGCAAGAGCAGCUAAGUGUUCAUAAAAGUGGGUAUCCAUUAAGGGUAGUUCAAGUCUCAGUUUCUCUAUUUCACUCUGCUUGUACAUGCGAUAUUGUGAUAGCAAUGGCUAUACAGAAUGCUGAUAUGCCGAUGUACGACAAGAGAUAUGUCGGAAGCCACGGCGCAUUGGACGGGAGGACUUCGCAGCAAUUAGUUCAGAAUGACGGGGGUGGACAAUAUCAUCCAGAAUGCGAUGAGCGGAUUGCCUGAACUGUUGCGAAAUGUCAUUAUAUUAUAAUAUCGACUGAAAGACGCAAGAAACGCCACCACCACCACCACCUCCGUUGCCACCGCCACCGCCACCACCACCGCCACCACCACCACCACCACCACCACCACCAGCACUACCACCAGCAGCAGCAGCAGCAGCAGCAGUAGCAGUAGCUGCAGCAGCAGCACAGAGCAUCAACGACGCAAUAUGCGACCCCAUCCAGAGUGUGGAGGAUAAGUCAUCUUGUCUUACUGGACCGGUGGAAGUAGAGGUUAUAUGGGUGGGACCAAUGGAUGCGAAAGAGAGCGGUGAAAAGGAUGUUGUCUUGAAAAAAAUGUUCAGAUUCCGUGAGUAGGUUCUAAUAGAUCCGUGCAUGACCUUGAGAGUGACUGGGAAAAUUGAACACUAGCGGAAUUUGAUUCCGAAAAACCAAACGAAGCUAUGUAUAGCGGCAGCACAAUAAGACGUCAAGUUCAGAGAUCAAGGCAACGAAAUAGCCAAUAGAAAUCCAAGGACGAAUGACGUUGGCGAACCUCAUAAGAGUAAAGUGGGAACGUUGACCCAACGACACGACAAUGUUGCAGAACAGCGGAACACAGGGAAACCGCCAAGGUGGCCAACAAAGAUAAAAUAUGCCAAAUUACCACAAAGUGAAAAAAAGGCAAUCAGUGUACCUAAAUUAGACGACACUACUUUCGUAAGAAUCAAUAGGCAGCAAUAAGUAAUAUGAAAAUUUGGGUCGCAUAUUACCUUCUUUCUAAGAGAGCAUUCAGGAAACUCGUUAUUAAAGUAAGAUAUCUUUUUUAAGUAAAACAGGAAAAAUAAACCGAGAACAACUGAAAGUGAGAGGGAGAAAACAGACUAGGAGUUGAGAUGUGUAGCGGAAACGCAAACGACGAAUGUAAUGGAUACGAUUACGAAUUUUAGUGCAAAAGGUCUCAAUAUGAAGGUAGAAGGAAAAAUUGGACGUCAGAGUAACAGUAAGCUAUCUGGAAGAGGAUCUCUCGUUGGGCAAAAUCUCUAAGGAAUUAGGAAUGCGAGAGACUCACAAUCGAAACACGAUCGGAACUGAUUUCUGACAAUUAAGCAAGAGAGAAUUCCCAUAUGACCAUGCAUUAAUGUAAUCCAAGUCCUCCCUCAAAAUAAGAGAUGAGUCUGAUUUCUGAGAUAUUGUCAUAUUGUCAGCAUACGGCAGUAAUUUGUCGAUCUCCGGUCAUCAGUGUGAAGAUAGAAGAAGUGGAGGGAGGGGGAAUAGAAUGGAACCUUGAAGGACUUAACAGUUAUUGGGAAGAAGGGUAGAUUUCUGCUUGCCAGACUUGACUGAUUCAGUAGAGAAUUUAAAAUAAUGAACACGCUAAGAAACAGUCCGGUCAGGAGAGCCGCACGCGGAUGUUUCGGGCGGGGCAGGGGAUUACGAUUUGAGAGAAUCUCCUUUGAAAAUAGCUCCCAAAACUGGGGCUUAGAAAUCCGUCGAUUGGGAACGAAAAGAGUCGAGGAAACCACUGUAACUGAGUAGUUUUGUCACAAGAAGAAGCGUAGAAUUUGAAGGACGAUGUAUUUUAAGCGAAACUCGAAGCAAUCCUUGCGUGGACUUGUACAGGAAAUUGACUAGCUGGAGGCAUUUUAUGCGAAAAAUUCACCAGCUUUCCUUAUGCUACCUAAGCUCAUUUGUUAUCAGAUUCUACGACAGUUACCUCACCAGCCUGUGUUUGUGCCUUUUUGUUGACGAUAUUGAAACGCGAUUUACAUCAGUCUGCCUAGUAAAUCUCAAAAGGAGUAGAUAUCAGCGAAGUCAAGGAGGCUAUUUCUCGGUCAGUUCAGCCCGUAUUCCAUUUUUAAGACGUACCGCGGCUCUGCAAUUUAGACGUUCAUAUUUUAAAUCACGGUGGACACAGCUCCAUCGUGAAUAGGUGACGUUGAGGCUGAGGAAAGAGAAAGGCGCUGAUAGUAUUGAUGGCACUUUGCAUUCGCUGCCCGUCCUAUUUUGGUUGAAAUUCCUCUUCUUUUUAGGAUUUCUCCAGCCUACGCAGAAUAUCACUGCUAUUUUCGUUUUUCCUUCUCUUUAUGUUCAUCUACACUGUAGGUACUCCCUAUACGCGGUCUUAAAUCACAGUGGCCAGACGAAUUCCGGCCACUACACAGCCUGCAUCCGAUUCGGUCCAGGUUGUUGGUGUCUCUGUGAUGACCAGAAAAUCGUUCCUGUCAGCGUAGACUACGUGCUCACCACUGACGCUUAUGUGCUGCUCUAUCACAAGAACAUCCUAGCUGUUCGUUCUUAA